GAGGGGGGUGUUCGGCCCCGUUUAUACUAACAUCAGACGUUUUGGGCCGUGAAGGGAAGGAUUUGGGGUUUUUUUGUGCUCAAUCGCCUGUCGGUGAUUAACACGAUCUGAAUACAAAACAAACAGUUGUCAGAAGAACGAGGAGACCCAGUAUUUCCAAUGGUGCAGCUUUCCCCUUCCCCUAUACCUUGCCUCUCUGCUACAGACCAGGCAGAUGAGAGGAAGAUGGUCAAGACUGAGAAGCAGGGAAGCCCCAAGUCUGAGGCCCAGCUUGCCCUCACCUCACUGCAGCUGGCUCUGGCUGCUUCCACCACCACUUACCAGGGCUAUGACGCCUACAUCGAGGACGGGCUAAUCUGCCUUAAACACAAGAUCAGAAACAUUGAGAAAAAGAAGAUUAAGCUGGAGGACUAUAGGCAGCGUCGGCAGGAAGGAGAACUUCUUAAUCAAGAUCAACUGGAGGCAGUGGAAAAGUAUGAUGAAGUCAUUCAUAAUUUGGCAUUUGCCAAGGAGCUGCAGAAGACAUUUAGUUCCUUGAGUCAAGAUCUGUUAAAAGCCCAGAAGAAGGCAGUGCGGCGCGAGCAGGUUCUGAAGAUUGAAAUGGAGAAGCGUCGCCUGCGCACCAUCCUCCAGGUGCAGUACAUUCUGCAGAACCUGCAGGAGGAGCACGUGAGGAAAGACUUCCGCAGCGGCCUCAACGGGGCCCCCUUUCUCUCUGCCAGGGAGCUCGACUACCUCCUGAAGUUCUCCAAACUGGCAUCCCUGGUGCGCGAUGAGAUGAUGAGCCUUGAGGACCAGAUGGAGCAGGCAACAAGCUACCUUUGGGAGUUACUUGAAGGAGGAGAAAAAGUUGUGGUUGGUACUACCUAUAAACACCUGAAGGCGCAGAUGGCAAAACUGAUGGACUGUGGGUACUUUGACCACAUUCCUGUCCCUCAGAGUAAGAUGCUGGAGGAGGUGAAAGAGGUUCAGAAGGUAGUGGUAAAGACAGAACAACUAACAAAGCUGCCAAACGAGGACGCAAAGGAGCUGGCGAAAGUACCAGAACCUUCUGUGCAGUUUAUACCUACAAGGGAAGUUCAGUCAAGAGAGUUUCUUAACAGACGCUACUUGCCUGAAACAGACUUCCACAACCAAGGAAAGACAAAGACCCUGCAGCCCUGGAAAGCCGACUUUGCAGCCAUGAAACAGGAGCCUCCCGACUCUUGGGAGAUGCAGUUUGAUGACAGCAGGACGACAUCCCCACAGCCAGUGCCAACCAAGCAGGGGAGAGCUGCUGCUGGGCUUGUUGCAAAAGAGAAGGUGGAGUCCAAAGUGACAACCAGUCCACCAAAAAAAAAACGCGAGCGGAAACCCAAAGCAGGAGAAGAAGUUAAACCAGUGCCAAAGCCAAUACCUUCCUCCAUAGCUGUGUUCAAUUCCACUUCCUCCCUUCCAAAGGACCCAGCACUGAGAAGGCAGAAGCUACAAGAUUUGAUGGCUCAGAUCCAAGGGUCAUUCAGUUUUAUGCAGGACUCUGUGCUGGAUUGUGAGAGUUCACCUGUGAGUGCCAUGCCCCUGUUAACACCGCUUUCUGUGCUUGCCUCAUCCACUCCCAUAGCACCAAGAGAAUCAAAGCAGAAAAAACAGGCAGACCUCCUUCCGCAAGCCUUGCAGACUGCCCCUUCAACCAAUCACAGUCCCAGCACUAGCCUGAAUGGAGAUCGGUCACUGAAUGGAUCUGAAACUGAAUUUGCUUCAGCAGCUGCACAAGAAACUAUUUCAGCAUCAUCUGAGGCGGAGUCCUUUGUUUCUCCUCCAGCAAUCUAUCAAACGGCAUCAAUCCCAGCCCCCUUGGUAGAGAAGGGCAUGGACCCGACUCGGCAGAUGCCCCUUUGCAACGACACAAUGCCAGCCCCUGAAUUACAGGCCCAAGCAUUCCAGUCACCUCCCAGCAGUAACCAUGCCUUAAGCAUGAGUGCAGCUCCCUUUCAGACCAUGCAUACUGUUUUUAAAGUGAAUGCUCCAUUGCCGCCGAGGGACGAACUGGACAUGAAACCAGAGACCUCCUCAUAUUCAGAGUCCUACAACCAGAGUUAUUCUACAGCUAGCACCCAAACAACCCCGCAGUGCUCCUCACAGCCAGCCUACACGCUGGAUCAAAACACUCUCCCUCAUGAAACCCUGCAGCCAGUCACAACCUAUCAGUCUGAAUGUCCAGUUAGCAAUGGAUGUCAAGUUUACAUGUCUCCAGGACAACCGAAUGCCUUCCCUCGCUCCAACCAGGCCUACUACAGUAACAGAGGCACAGUAAGAGGAACGCCCCGUGGGAGCAGAGGCCUGGCAAACUCUUAUCGCUCACCCAGUGGAUAUAAAGCAGGGUUUGAUGGUUACAGAGGUGGAAUGCAGUCUCCGGGUGGAAACUACACUCAGCAAUCCUAUCCUGCUAGAGAAUAUACAACAAUGCUGUAUGGAUCAAGGGAAGCUGGUUAUCAGCAGAACUAUAAACGUGGAGGAGGGCCUGCUGGACAGAAAGCAAAUUCAAGAGCGGGGUGGAGUGACUCCUCUCAGGUGAGCAGUCCAGAACGAGACCAUGAAACCUUCAACAGUGUGGACUCUGGCCAGGGGGGCUCCCGCUGCAUCACGCCCAUCGACAUUCCGGUCACAAGCCAGGCGACCACCCUCAUGCCUGUGCACGUCUACCCGCUCCCUCCGCAGAUGCGUGUGGCCUUCUCCGCUGCCCGCACCUCCAACUUUGCCCCGGGCACCCUGGACCAAACCAUUGCCUUUGACUUGCUCCUCAACAACCUCGGGGAGACCUUUGAAAUGCAUAUGGGCCGGUUCUCCUGCCCGGUCAAUGGCACUUAUGUUUUCAUCUUCCACAUGCUGAAGCUGGCGGUUAAUGUACCGCUUUAUGUGAACCUCAUGAAGAAUGAGGAGGUCUUGGUGUCUGCCUAUGCCAAUGAUGGUGCCCCCGACCACGAGACUGCCAGCAACCAUGCUGUGCUUCAGCUUUACCAAGGAGACCAGAUCUGGCUCCGUUUACACCGAGGUGCCAUCUACGGAAGCAGCUGGAAGUAUUCCACAUUCUCCGGCUACCUCUUAUACCAGGACUGACUUUACUGUGCUUGAAGAAAUUGUGCUAGGUUGUGGCGUUUUCAAUGCUUUGCACUUGAACACUGACCUUUUUUUUUUUUUUUUUUUUUUUGUGUUUUUUUUGUAUUCAGGGUGUGAAAACAUAACAUACCCAGAGUUAUGUAUUUACUCCAUAAAGAUGCUCAGGUUUUGUUUGGGGUCACCCCCAAUUUAUUGAUCCCCCCCCCCCCCCCCCAGUUGCUUUGAGUAUCUUCUAGUUGCCAUUAUGUCCUCUUACUUGAAAUGUAUGCAUAUGAGGUGAGCUAACAAUUGCAGUGUUAUCUUCCAUGACUGUUUUAAUACCAGAUAAACAGGCUCACUAAUUAAAUAAAGCUAUUUUUAAAAGCCAGUUGCUGGUUUUACAGAUUCAACAUACCGUAUUUGAUUCGAUCUUUAAAAAAGGCUGUUGUAUUGCAUAUAGUUAAGGUGACCAUAUGACGCUGUGUUCAGCAGGACAGUUUUGGCCAGUUCAGGCUUUUCAACUCACGUUUUACCUGUCUCUGGUAUCAUUCUUCCCUUUUUAAGAGAAGCAGGACUACGCUUUGGGUUGCGAGCUGAACUGUCCCGCUGCAAACGGAGCCAUGUGGUCACCUUACAUAUAGUUGCUUACUUCCCUGAUAGAAAUGUUUUACAUUUCAAAAGGACCUAGGGUUAAGUGUAGGUAAUAAUCCUCUGCUCUUGUAAUAAGAUGGUAGCCCAGUUGGGAGCUGUGGAAUGGAGCUGGAUUUAGUUGAAUGAUGCUAGCUGAGCACUUUAAUGUCAAUGUUGCCUUGAUUUUUUUGGGUUUGGGGUACUGAGCUAUGAAUGGUGUAUUGUUUGUAGCUGUUAAUCACAAACUCUGCCAUGUACUUUUGUUUUGCUGGUGACUACUUUGUCAAUGACUUUGCUCAAGUAUGGGCGAUUUACAGUGCCUCGUUGUGCCUAACAAAUAAAUAAUACAUUGUGCA